AUGGCCGAACACGAGCAGUCCCAGCCGCAGCCUCAACCCUCGAAAGGCGGCGAGAUCGAGCUCAAGCCGAGAGACCUGGACGUCGAGGCAGCAGAUAUGAAGCACGGGGUCACCGUCGAGCUCGACGAGGCCGAACUCUUCCUCCAGCAACAUGGCAUCCCGCACUCUCGCCUCGCCGAGCUCAUGGCCGACGAGGCCGCAGUCAAGAAGCUCCGCCGCGUUGUCGACUGGACGCUGAUGCCCCUCCUCUGCGGCACCUACCUCCUCCAGUAUGUCGACAAGCAAGCCCUCAGUUACUCGGCCGUCUUCGACCUCUUCAAAACCACCCACAUGACGAGCAACGAAUACAGCUGGAUGGCGUCGAUCUUCUACUUUGCCUACCUCGCCUUCGAGUGGCCUGCCUCGUACCUCGCACAGCACUUCCCCACCGGCAAAGUCGUCAGCAUCUGUGUUCUCUGCUGGGGCGUCGUUCUCCUCUGCACGGCCGCGGCCUCCAACUUCGCCGGUCUCGCUGUCUGCCGCUUCUUGCUCGGAAUGUUCGAGGCCGUCAUCACUCCUGCCUUCAUGUUGAUCGUGUCGCAAUGGUAUACGCGCGAUGAGCAGCCGGCUAGGGCUGGUCUGUUCUACUGCUUCAACGGCUUCGGUAGCAUGGUCGGCGGGAUUCUGUUCUACGCCGUCGGCCAGGCCAAGGGCUGGGCCAUCUGGCGCAUCAUCUACGUGCUGUGCGGCGGCCUGACCGUGGUCUGGGGAGUCGUCCUCUUCUUCUUCCUGCCCGACAACAUCCUCACGGCCAAGCGCUACACCGUCGAGCAGCGCGCGAUGCUCGUGGCCCGCAGCGCUGCCAACAACACCGGCAUCUACAGCCGCAAGAUCAAAACCGCCCAGAUCAAGGAGGCCCUCUGCGACGUCCAGGUCUGGCUGCUGUUCUUCUAUGUCUUGCUCAACGAGACUAUCAACGGCGGCAUCGCCAACUUCUCGAAGCUGAUUGUGCAAGGCUUCACGCACGACGCGCUCCUCACAACGGUCUACGGCAUCCCUUACGGUGCCUGCACUGCCAUCUUUAUGUUCACGGGGCCGUACUUUGCGAGCAAGGUCAAGAACACUCGGACGAUCGUCAUGGUAGCUUGGCUCUGGCCCACCCUCAUCGCUGCGUGCUUUUUCUGGAAGAUGCCGCGCGGCAACAAGGGCGGACUCCUUGCUGGAUAUUACCUGUGCGCUGCCUUUGUCGGUUCUCUCAUCGUGGCCCUGCAGAUGCCCGCUUCCAACAUCGGCGGCUAUACCAAGCGCACGACCGCGACGGCGUUCGUCUUCCUCGCAUACUGCAUCGGCAACAUCAUUGGCCCGCAUGCUUUCCUCGGCAGGGAAGCCCCCAUCUAUGAGACCGGCUGCAAGGUCAUCAUUGCCUGCAUCGCUGGCCAGAGCGCCAUCGCGGUCAUCCUGCGCAUUGUCCUGAUUCGCCGAAACAAGGCUCGCGAUGCUGCGGGCGUUCCGCCCGGAUUCGACCAGAACGAUCUUAUCCAGGAUCUGACUGACUUUGAGAACCCGACUUUCAGAUACUCGUACUGA